GAUUCCUCCGUCUUCUCCAUCAAGAGACCUUUAGGGCCGGGGGCGGCGGGAAUGGAACACUUUUUUUUUUCUUGGGUUGCUGACCAAAAAAAACUCGGGUCCGAAGGGAGAGGAAAUUGGACUCACCGAGGUGUGGAGGUGUAGCUCACCGAGAAAGAAAUGACGUGAUUGGACCAGAGGAUUUCAACACACAAUUUCCCGUCUCAACUCAACGACCCAUCUAUGCUUGGUCAUAUUGACUCACCAACCUAGUCUCGACUACCUACCUACUGUGCCUGCUUUACCCAGAGAAGAUAGCUCCGAGCCUGGCUUACCUCCACAAUCUCAUUUUUUUGUUCAAUACUGUAGAUCUUCCGGCAACAAUGGUCCACGCCGACGCCUCAAACUUCGCCAAUGGCGUGACGAAGGAGGAGGCCUACGAGCAGGUCCUCAUGCAAGCCGAAGGCCUCCUCGACGGCCAAAGGAACUGGGUCGCCAACCUCGCAAACACAGCCUCCCUCCUCUGGCACGCCUACCACUCCCUCCCCGCCCCCUCAAACGCAGUAAACUGGGCAGGUUUCUACGUCCUCGACCCCUCAUCCACCAAACAAUCCCUCAUCCUAGGCCCCUUCAUGGGUAAAGUCGCCUGCCAACAAAUCCCCUUUGGCCGCGGCGUCUGCGGCGCCGCCGCCGCCACGAAACAAACCCAGCUCGUGGCCGACGUUGACGCGUUCCCGGGGCACAUUGCGUGUGAUGGGGAUAGCAAGAGCGAAGUAGUCGUGCCGAUUGUCGUCAAGGACAAGCUCGUAGCGAUUAUUGACGUGGAUUGUGCGGAGCGAGAUGGGUUUGACGAGGUUGAUCGGGUCUGGUUGGAGAGGUUGGCGCUGUUGCUUGCGGGGGGUUGUGAUUGGUAAGGUAGGGGGAUGAGGAUGGAGAUAGGAUGAAGUGGGAGGUGAAGAUGAGGAUGACGAUGGGAGAUGGGAGAUGGGAUGGAGACGAGGAUAUGUGAUGAAGAGGGCGGUGAGAGGGUGGAAAGAAGGAACGUGAUGAGUUGGGCGGGAGUCUCAUGGGAUCAAAAGAGAGAGUAACGGAAAUCGUCUACGGAUGAGAGAGAGAGAGGAAGAGAAGAUGCGGGGGUGACUCAUGGCAUUGGAUGAGAAAAGGAGCAAAAAAGAUUUACACGGAGUUGGCGACAACAGGCACCCGAUGGAGGCACACGGAGUUAUCUCAACAUAGAAUCACUUGUGGCAUCACCACAGGAAAGAACAUACUUGACUCAAACAAAAUAUAUUGAGCAACGCUAGAGUCAACCUCUGCGUCUUACGACUAAAACUUUUUUUUGGUUCCCAUCUAUUGAAAAUCCUGCCAAAUUUCCCUCCAUCCCAAGCCCCCCCCCCCCCCCCCCC